UCGAAGAUUCAGAUGGCAGAAGUCUCCGAAACCGCAUCCACCUCCACAUUCUCUGCAGAAUCAUAUUUCGCGACCCAACCCCCUCCGCCGUCACUAGAGCAUGACAUCGCGGGCGUUCGAGCCUUCGUAGGAAGACAACGGGAGAAAGGCAGAAGGGUUGUACUUGUGACUAGUGGAGGAACGACGGUGCCGCUGGAGCUCAACGUCGUACGGUUUUUGGACAACUUCAGUGCUGGUACCCGUGGUGCAACCUCUGCCGAAUACUUCCUCAAAGCAGGCUACGCCGUCGUCUUCAUGCACCGCCAAUUCAGUCUCCAGCCCUUCAGCCGACACUACUCCCACUCCACCAACCCCUUCCUCGACUUCCUCGAAGUCAACCCCCACAUCACAUCCUCCUCGCCAAAUAGCUCAGAUAUCACCGUCACCCCGUCCAAACGUGCCGAACUCCUCGAAACGCUGAAAGUGUACAAAGAGGCACAUCAUGCGGAUAUGAUCCAUACGUUGACGUUCGUGACGGUGAAUGAUUAUUUGUGGUUGUUGAGGGCUGUUAGCCAGGAGCUGUCGGUACUUAGGAGGGGAGCGCUGUAUUAUUUAGCAGCGGCCGUCAGCGAUUUCUUUUUGCCGAGGCAGAAGAUGUCGGAACAUAAGAUCCAGUCAGGAAAGGGCAGUCUGUUGAUUGAGAUGGAUCAAGUACCGAAAAUAUUGAAGCCAAUGGUUGACGAGUGGACUCGCGAUGGGUUCAUCGUGUCGUUCAAGCUCGAAACCGACCCCAACCUCCUCAUCCCUAAAGCACGCGGCGCAUUAGAACGUUACGGUCACCAGAUCGUCAUCGGAAACGAUCUCAACAGGAGGAAAUUCGAGGUCGUCUUCGUCGCGCGUACAUCCUCUACCGCUACCAACACGGCCGCAUCCAUAUCUUCAUCAACCACGGCAUCAGAAGAUGAGAUCACGCACACAUGGCUACGCCUCGAUCCUAAUGUGGUUGGCGGAACGAAGGAGAUAGAAGAGGAUAUUAUUGCGGAGUUGGUGAAGCGGCAUGAUAAGUGGGUGGAGGCGAAGGUGGCUAUAUGAUUAGGGUCAUAGCUGGAAUCGAAAGAUGAGUAGUUUCACAGCCUAGAGGCUCAUAGGGUGGGUUGGAGUAUGUCAACGGCCGUGUGAGGUAGAAGAUGAGCAAAGGUGAAUAUGAAGAGGAUCG